UACUGGGAGGGAAGCGUAGGCUAUCCGUCGUCGCUGCCGGAGCGCACUGAGAGCUUCCAUUUUACGCACCGAGGCAUCCAGAACCCCCGCCGAAGCCCGGACUGACUACGUGUCGCUGUGCAGGCAUUCUACUAUCGGAGAGGCUGCAGCGAUUUGAAGAAGCAUAACGCAAGCUGAUCUUUCAUCUUGUCAGCUUUGAAGGAGGAGGCGGCGAGGGACCAGGGGUGUCCCCCCGUUUUGUGUGUAACGCCGCGUGUGUAGCGCGCGUGUGUGUUUGUGUGUGUUUGGAACAAGAGAGAGGAGAGAGAGAGAGAGAGAGCGAUACGAGGCUAAAACAGAUCGGACGCUCGGCGCAGGAGACAGCCGCCUUUGGACACGUUUUGGAGACAGAAGCUGCCCGACUGCAAAGGUUGCACACGGAAAAAUAUUAUUAACAAAACUUACUUUGCAUCCCUUCUCCCGUCCAAUAAUUUUUUUUAUCGUGUUAUUAAUAUUAUUUCGGGGGAGUUUUUUUUAGCGUCUCCCAAUCUGCUGGACAAGUUUGGCCGCUGAAGGACGCACCUCGGGACUUUGACGCAGACGUCUCCCUGACUUCUUGCUGCUGGACAUGGGCGCAUCCGAGGCCAAACAGCGGUAGACGGAGGGCUCGGAGCUGCAGUCCUGCUUUCCUCCUCUCUCUUGCAGAGUGGACCCACUUUUGAAAGAGCGUUGUUUUUUUUUCUGGGCCUAAGGCCGACUUGUUUAAAGGUCCCUUUUUUGCUUCCGGCAACAGCGAAGAGACCAAGUCUUCCUCCCUCAGCCCUGACUCCCUCUCUCACUUUUUUGGAAGCAGAACUUUUAAAGGAAAAUGGGGCAUUGAGAGGGUUGGCAGAUCUCCCCACGCUAUAAUGGCUACUGACACCUACCUGGUGAACGACGAUCCUUCUAGAGGCCAAGGGAUGCCUGAAUGUUUCCUCGUGUCCGAUACAUAUAGGGAUGAAUUCCACCCCUUCAUCGAGGCCCUGCUGCCCCAUGUCCGCGCCUUUGCCUACACCUGGUUCAACCUGCAGGCCCGCAAGCGCAAAUACUUCAAGAAGCACGAGAAGCGCAUGUCCAAGGAGGAAGAGCGCGCAGUGAAGGAUGAGCUCCUGGGGGAGAAGCCAGAGAUCAAGCAGAAGUGGGCCUCGCGCCUGCUGGCCAAGCUCCGCAAGGACAUCCGGCCGGAGUUCCGCGAGGACUUUGUGCUCACCAUCACGGGGAAGAAGCCCCCCUGCUGCGUGCUGUCCAACCCUGACCAGAAGGGCAAGAUCCGUCGCAUCGACUGCCUGCGCCAGGCCGACAAGGUAUGGCGGCUGGACCUGGUGAUGGUCAUCCUAUUCAAGGGCAGCCCCCUGGAGAGCACGGACGGGGAACGGCUGGUCAAGUCACCACAAUGCACCAACCCUGGCCUGUGCGUCCAGCCGCACCACAUCGGAGUGUCCGUCAAGGAGCUGGACCUCUACCUGGCCUACUUCGUCCACACGCCAGAAUCCGGACAAUCAGACAGCUCCAGCCAACAGGGGGACACAGACAUCAAACCACCGCCCAAUGGGCACCUGAGUUUCCAGGACUGCUUCGUCACCUCAGGGGUGUGGAACGUGGCGGAGCUGGUCAGAGUGUCACAGACUCCUGUAGCCACAGCGUCAGGGCCUAACUUCUCACUCGCCGACCUGGACAGCAGUCCCAGCUACUACAACAUCAACCAGGUUGCUCUGGGGCGACGCUCCCUCACCUCCCCUCCUUCCACCAGGUCUGAGGUGGAGUUGUACGCAAACCUUCCACGGAGCUCCACCAAGAGGAAGUCAUUAGAUGACAGUGAGCUGGAGAGCCCCACAGAUGAUGUUUUCUACCCUGGACGCUCGCCUGCUGCCAGUUCCUCCCAGUCCAGUGCGUGGCCUAACGACAUGGAUGCAGUGCAGCACCAUUUGGCGAGUGUGCAGGAGAGGAAGAUAAAACAUGAAAACGAUGGCGUGCAGUUUCCUUACCAUGGACUGUCCUCGCCUGGUUCACUUAAGAAGCCGGGGAAGUUUGAUUUCAACGCCCUGACUUCCCAGACGAGGUCCCCCCGCAUGGCGUUCACACACCACCCGCUGCCUGUGCUGGCAGGAGUGAGACCAGGGAGUCCCCGUGCCUCAGCCUCCGCCCUGCACUUCCCCUCCUCCUCUAUCAUCCAGCAGUCCAGCCCGUACUUCACCCACCCCACCAUACGCUACCAUCACCACCAGGACCCGCUUAAGGAGUUUGUGCAGUUUGUGUGCACUGAUGGCACAGGACAGCCCAGCGCACAGCCUAAUGGAGGUGGCCAGAGCAAAAUGCCGGGCUCCUUCCUGCUGCCUCCGCCACCCCCGGUGGCGCGCCCUGUGCCCCUCCCCAUGCCCGACUCUAAAAUCAUCAGCACGCCCACUGACGGCGGACUCAGCUCACCCGCAUCUCCGUCAUACUCCACGCCAGGCUCCACAGCUCCCAACCGGUUUGUCGGCAUCGGAACACGGGACAACUUUCUGAAUAUCCCCCAGCAGACUCAGUCCUGGUUCCUCUGACAAGGCCUCUCUGAAUCCAGAGCUAAAAUUGUGUCAUGAAAAUUGGAAAUUUGAAUAACAAACACAUCACCGCUGAUUAAGAACAGACUGUUGACACUAAAAGGUCUUUCUCUCUCGCCAACACUAUUCAAAGUACUACUACAGAACCCCACCCCAAGAGGACUCCCAAUCCAACACAAUUUGAACAGGAACGUUCGUCCCCCUUUAUGCAGGAGGCUUCAGUGAGUUUGAGUGGACAGACGCAGAAUGCAAAGAGGAAGAUGGAACUGUCUCACACACACCAUGAAAUGUCAGAAAGGAAAACACAAUAUGGCAACCUGACAAAUGACCAAUUAUACAUUUGUUGUUUCUUUUUUUUAAUGAUUUUUUUUCUUUCAUUUUGUUGUCUCCAUAAUGAAAAUCCAUGCAUUGGCUGAGAGAUCCAAAAAAAUAUAUAAUAGUGGUAAAUGGUGUAGUCGUGUUGUUGAAAAGAUUGCCACCCAAAUUGCACGCCUCCAUAUCUGUGUAUUUUUUUCCACGUACCUCUUCUCCAGUUGCAUGGUCCCACCUGUUCCCCCUCUCACCCCACCUGCAGCUCAGUGCUGCCCCGGGGUCCAGACCGUAACCACAGCCACAUGCCUGUGUGUCGCCAGACUUUGCCGCUUCAUUCGCUCAGCCCUGAGCCUCUUUUCAUUUCCGAGUGGCCAAUCAUGGUGACACCAUCCGAUGGUGUGACAUAUAUGCACUAAGUGGCUGGUCUUUGUUUACCUGUCAAAGUAUCAGGGCGUCCUGCUGUGGGAAGAGUGAUAGCGUUGAGGCGAGUGCAAGCGAGUGAACACACGACAGACAGUCAUAACACUAAUUUUACAUGUGCUCUUUCGUCCCCUCACCUAUGCACUAUUAAUUUUUAAUAAGGGAUGAACAGUAUUGCACAUCGAUGGUCAGACGAGCGAUUAGAGAAGCGAGUCGAGGCUGGCUGCCACUGCAGGGAUGUGGUCGUACAUUCAAGUCUAGGCCCUGAAACGCAGCGCACAUAACACACACACACACGCCUGCAAACAGCACAUACAGUCUUCUCCAGAAUAGUCUGUCACACAACCACUCGUAGUAUCAUUUUCUUAUUAUUAAUAGGUAUGGAAUUUAAUUUACAGUAAUGCAAACGCAGCAUCAGCUUCAUAUUAUUAGCUUUAAUUUUGUUUGUAGGUGCUCCUUUUUUUUGCCAGGAUUGGUUUUGGUUUUGUCUCACUUGGAUUGUUUUAACCAUCUCUUGCAUGUCAUAACACUCUUUCUUUAGUUUGCCGUAGCACGUUAAGUAUCAUGCUCAAAUCUCAGCGAAACAGAUUUCAACAAAACGGUAACAGCAGUUUCUCAAAUCUCUCACGUAUGGACAGCACAUUAACAACAGCUUAUCACAUGCAUCUCUUGCAUUGCUUCACCAUGUAUCCCUUAGUCCAGUCACACCGAAACCCUGAGGACUACAAGCGCGCACACAUAAAAUGCACACUAACACCACCAACAACCUGACAAAAAAGGGAAGCCUUUUAUUUGGUUCUCCAGACUGCCUUUGUUAAUGGUUUUUCAUUCACUUAAGAUUUGUCUUUUUAAUUUGAGCUAUUUUUCUAUGUAAAUGUUCACAUUUAAAUUUGCUAUUGGUAUUAUUUUCAUCAUGACACAAUCCAAUAAAAGCCGACCUCACAAAAUAACUGGACUGCCUAGCUGUUGGUUCUAUUUUGCAGGGAUAGUAAAGAGGGCUGAGGACCUGUCCUCAGCCUCUCUAGUAACAUUAGCUCUAUGUACUAAAACAUAUAUCAAGACUAUAACAAUAUAUGAAAGUGCCUCUGUAUUCCCUUCAUGCAAUUAGUAAUAAACUUGACUUCAGGUUCUCUUCCCACAUAUAAGCUAAAGCUACAGGGAAUGGUAGCGUUGGUGCGUGUGGAAACCAUUGGCCGAGGACAGAUCUUUAUAGAGGACUGCAAACCUUUUUUUGUAAAGACAGAGAGAGAGAGAUCUUAUACAUAUAUAUUUAUGAUAUAUGCUCCUUUUUAACGUUUACUACAUGAGCUGGUUGGCAGUCUAGUUAUUUUCUGAACUCUCACCACCACCCCACCCCCACCACCCCAAACUUGUUUCAGUAACACCACCUUACUGUUAACUAGUACGGAUCAAACGACACACGCCAUCUGCAGCGCAGCAUUACAAUACCUAGAUGAACAUGUCAAAAAUCGACAGUAGGUGUGAAGAAAAAAAAGUGUUUGUUUUUUGAUGGAAAGUAUUAUUAUUGAAAAAUAUGUGUCGAUUGAGCCACGUGCAAUGCAUUGGGUAGAUCAUUGUGUUUGUCUGUUAGAGAUUUUUAAGAAAGCUAAGAGAAAAGAGGAAAAAAAAUGUAUUUUGUUUCAAGUCCAUAAGCUCCAGGACUCUAAACUAGAGGGCCAUGAAAAUCCUAGUCUUUGUAAGUUGGGGGUAUUUGUUUUUAUUUCCUUUGUCUCUUUUUUAAUGUUUUAUGUGUAAUCAGUUGUUUAUAAAAUUGUGGGAGGGCUGAAGGAAAAAAAAUUCUACACAACUUGAGAAACAAAAUUCUCUAUCAUCAGAUGAAAACUGGUGCUUUAACACUAUAAAGUACACUCAGAACUAUUGUAAAUGAAUGGUAAUGAACAAAAAUAACAGACCAUUUAGGAAACAGCAUUAUUCCUCUCUCUAUUUUUAUCUUCUUCUAUUUGUAUUGAGUGGGGGGAGAGGUUCCUAUUCCUUAAGGUUGUGACACAAAAGGCAUUUUGGUUCAACCUUUAGAAGAAAAAAAUAAAAACCUAUUCUGUCAAGCCUAAGAAACUGUUCAGAUAACAUACCCAUGCACUGCCUGAAACUCACCAGCAAGAAACAAGUCAAGCCUCCCAAUUCAACUCAUUUUUAUCACAUAAACUUGCAUAAAUACAUGACAAGUUCCUCCUUUUACUGCGGGAGAUGCUUCACAUCCAGAAGUCUUUUAUUCCCACGAUCAUCUUGAUAUAUUUAGCUGGAUAAAUUUCAGCAGGUUGUGUUGAGACCCACAUGCAAUGGAAAGAGUAUUAGGUUUGAACCUUCUGUCUCCUGCACAGAUAACAAGACACCGAAAAGGGGCAAAAAAAACAUACAAGGUAGCUUCGAAUCAGGCAAAGAUAUGACGUCUGAACCAUUUAUGAAACAGGCAGCAAGGUGAGCCUCUCCCCUCCCCCCCCCCCCCCCCCCCCCCUCUGUAAAUGACUCUUAUAGUGCUUGUGCUGUAGUGUAUAGUUUCCCAGCAGUUAAAGGUUGUCCCUUAAAAGUGCCUUUUGUUCACAGACUCCAUUUUGUAAUCCAGAUCGCCCCUUUUUUUUCGAAAUGGCUCGAGGUAACAGGUUGCCCCUGAGUGCUGCGAGGAGGUGAAAAAGGCCGUAACCCAUUCAGCGCUCAGGGACGUUCCCCCCCUCUGCCUUCGAAAUGAAUCCCCCUCCAUUGUACCUCCCCUAUAUCCUCUCUUCCUUUUCAAAAGCCGUAUAUAUAUAUAUAUAUAAUAUAUAUAUAUAGUACAAAAGGAAACUGGUGUGAAUUAGUUCUUUACUUUUUAUUGAUAAAUGAUGACAAAAAAAUGUUUUGAAAAGGCAAAAAAACUUGUUCUCGUUCAGCUCUUGCUUUUUUCUUCCCCUCUGUCUCCACUGUCUGUUUUCUCUUAGACACUGGAGUAGUCUGUAACUGUGUGUCCGUCACUCUCCGUCUCUCUCUCUCUCUCUCCUGCCCUCUCCACUGUUGAAGGUGAGGGUGAAAAAAAAAUUGCCGAAAAACUUUUGUCUGAGCAGAAUGCAGUUAGCUCACAUGUUAUUCUUGUCUGUAUGCUUCACAUUGUAUUACCCAUACCCAUCUUCUUCAGCUUCUCCAUUCAACAGCUAAUGUAAGUGAACAAAUUACGCUGAUGGGCUUUCGGGGGUGUCCUUCGGUGGGUUAGGACGGGAUGACAGGGGUUUGGGUUGAAGAGGUUUACAGAGAAGACUAAUGGGGUCGAGAGAGCUGGAUGGACUGCUUUUGGGAUGUUAGAAAGAGGCUGCUUUGACUUGGAUAAUUUGCUCUUUUUGUUUUAGCUAUUUAUUCUUGGCUUUGUUUUUACCCCCCACCCCACCCCUUUUUUGUGUUUCCUUUUAAUUUGGAUUUCUUUUCAUAUUUGCUAUCAGGGUAUGCUGUCUUUUAGGCUGUCUUUGAGGAUGCCUUGGACUGUAAAUGAAAGCUACAAGCACCUUAUAACCGGACUUGUCCUGCACGAGGCUGAAAGAGGGGGGUUGCAUUUCCAUGACAGAUCCCACAUCCAAACCAAUCUUUUAAAGUGAAGUUGUUGUUCACAGUGGGUUUUCACAUAGUGAAACCUUCAGCAGUAUUAGCCAUUUACAACACACCAACCUGACAGAUAAAAGGCCAGCAUGAACCUGAACUCAGAUCUGAGGAUUCAGGAAAGUCCCUCCAUUUUUCUCCUCUGACCACCUCAUGCUGGACUGCUCCGUAUCUUUGUUCUGUUAUUUUGUUCUUUAUCUUAAGCGUGUAUGGUUAUUGGUGUAAUAGGCAGCACCCUAGGCCCCUAACUCCCAGCUCUUUUACGCCUCUGUCUACGCCCUCAGCGCAGCACCACUUCUUUGUGAGAACACCCCCAGAGCUCUAGGUGAAAUGCAUGUGUUAAUUACAGUUUCUUUUCCAUAAGAAGAAAAACACAGUUUGAGAAGAGCAGCACCUGAUUGAAUAAAAAGGAUGUUCUUGACUGUA